AUGGCGUCUGGAGGUGGAAUAAAACCGUGUAAAAAAACGAGCAAGUACCGCAAUAACGUUGUUUGCCUCCUAUGCAGCGAUCAAAAACGUCGGCCAGGUUGCUCGUUAGGCCAUAUUGAAAGCCACUUAUCGUUCAAAAAAUACAUGUGCACGAAAUGCGCAUACAAAGCCGCCACGGAAGAGACCUCAAUGGUACAUACUUGGAAAACUGGUCAUCAAAUGAAGUGUUCUAAAAAUGAAUACAUGGAAUUGUUAGCAUCAAAAAUUUAUAUGGAUUGUUUGCGUGCCACUGAUCUGGGUAUUGAACGUGUGCUGGACGAACUUCGAGCCCAAGGCGUGAAUAGACCCAGAAAGGGUGAAUCGUCAAAGAAAUCAAGAACUGUGCUCAAUGAAGAACAACAUCUUCAGCAAAAUGCAAUUGAGGAUACCUUCGAAAUUAACAACGAAACGAAUCCGACGAUGCUCGAAAAUCGGGACGAAGAUAAUUUCGAACAGGUUGAAAAUGAGGCAGAAAAUGAAAAUCAGUGGAAUGCACAUUCGAACGUUGACGAUUCCGUGCAAAAGAAUUCAAAACGCGUACAGAAGGCAUGUUCACACAAAAUCAAAGUAUCGCAAAAGAAACGUCGAACAAAUUCUGAUUCGCUAAUAACAACCUCCUCCAGCACAACGCCUUGUGCAGAUGUAACGAGCAGUUCGGAUGCAGUAAAGUGCAAAAAGAAAAAACGCACCAGCACGUCACUAGAGACGGAAUCUCGAAACGAAACCGCGACAUCCGAAAUACAAGUUUCGGAGGCGGCGCCAUCGAAGAAUGUCGACAAAACUGCGAGUUCGGUUGAAGAAGCGUCACAGUCUGACGCUCAGCAAUUCGAUUCAGCGGUGAAGAGCAAACAGUUUGAUAAAGUUGUGUGUCAAAAAUGUGGCAAGUGUAAUGAAUGCGGUAAACAGUACAAGUCGGAAAGUGGCCGUAAGUUUCAUGUAAUACGAGACCAUAUGAAGCGAAUGAUGAAGUGUGUCAUCCACGGAUGCACAAUACAAAACAAUUGUCCAGCAGCUCUCAAGCUUCACAUUCAGAAUGAUCAUAAAAUGGUGAUAUCAACUGAAAUAAAUGCAGACAUUUUCCGUGUCUUCUUGUGUGCUAAGAAAAAAUUCGAUGCAGCCCUAGCGGUCGAGGUAAUUCGCUAUUUCCCAAUAGAUUUAAAGUCGCGAACGGUGAAUUCGGCCGUUCCAUCAACUGUAAAUAAAUGUAAAACGCCAACAAGAAAUGAUGAAACGAUAGAGGCUGAAGCAACGCCGUCACAAGAAAAUACAACAUCAUCACGAACGGUAUGUUCAACUCCUCAACAAAAUGAAGUCGAUGAGAAUGUGACACCUAAAAGAACGAAUAUGAAAAAUAUUCAAGAAGCAUUCGAUAAUAAUAACGACAGCACUGCUAAGAAUGCUAGUGCAAGUGCUAGUAAUCCCAGUGAUUGUAAUCCUAAUAAGAAUAAUAAUGAAAAUGCACCGAACAAAAGCCACACUGUAGUAACGCUGUCCUCGUCGGACAGUGAACGAGAUUCUGAUGAAGAACGUUUCGAACGAGCGAUGCAUAAUCGAAGUACGCCAGCCAAUCUCCAUGAACUGCCUGUAUUGCGUCAUCCUCAAUCACAGCGUUGUGUCGCUAAUAAUGAUUGUCAGUCUUCAUCCCACCCUCAGCUUAUUUCAUCACAAACCGUAGCAGCAAAUGUCUCAUCGAUCUCAACCACUCACGUCGAGUAUCUGAUCGAAAACUCGAAUCGACGGAAUCCCCUCAUGUCAUCUGAUGAUGUUGCGGAUGCCACACCAUUACAGGCACAACAUAUCGCGAAACCAUCGCCUCUGUCUUUGUUGCUAAACGCAUCGUUAACAUCAGUCAGACAGACAUCCUCGAACAACGAUCAUUCUCCUACUCCUCAAUUUCAGCCCACGCAAUCACCGUCGACAAGUGGCUGCUUGAAGUCUAAGCUCGAGAUAGCGCAGUCUCAGACAAGAGCUCAGCUUUUGCAGAUGAACCAACACCCUUCAUCAGCAUCACCAAAAACUGAUCGGAGUAAUCAGUCGAACCUAACAAUGCAGCCGACUCGUCAUCGAACCCUAUUACCGACUCCACCAACGCCUCCAGUGAACAACGGCUACAACUCAGCUCCAUAUUCUUCUGCAUCAUCAACAUAUAAUACUGAUCAGCAAGUGCAUCGAUAUGACAGCAGUAACACCGACGCUACCAGCAACAAUCAUUCGACAAAAUAUUCAAACGGUUGGCAUCACCAUCGACAACACACUCCCUAUCAAACGUCUCCAUCUUUCCGCAAUGCCAUCAGUGGAGACCAGCAAACAGAUCAACAACAGCAGCAGCAAGAGCAACACAAUCAGUACGAUAACGGUGGAUAUGCCAGGUAUCAGCACGAUCGCCGGAGCGGACCAAGUGAUACGGAUAAUAAGGAGUGGUACGUUUAUAGAACGCCAGAGUCACAAAAAACGAAAUCGCCAGAGUCAGUUCAACCUUCGCAUCACACCGAGGUUCAUUCGGAUAGUACUACAAAGCGCCACCAAUCAGAAAAGAAUCAUCGCCAUGUGCACACCAGUCAUAGUCACAAAUCAAAUGUAUUAGCAUCGAAAAGGGGAAUCAAUAGGGGGAUCUCACAUCAUAAAUCUCAUCUAAGAUCCACUCAACCAACUAAACGCAACAAUCAGCAAUUCGAGUGGAAAGUUCAAUACGAUGAUCCUUCAUCCUCAUCCCAUCAACCUGGUAAUAAUAGUUUAGUUAUCGCAGCCAAAACGUCGUCCCCAAAUAGCGGCGAAUCAGUCCCUCUAGGUGAUCCUUCAAUGAACAAAAAAAAGCAAUCGCAGCCUAGGAAAAUUAAAAAAGAGUCGCCUACCUCUAAAAAGACCAAAAAAGAGAGGCCACCGAAAGCAGCAACGGCCGCUGGGAAAUGCUGUCGUGCCGUCAAGGCGGCCUCUUCACGGCUAUCGAAAAGCGCUUUGUUGCUAUGUGAUGCUUCGAAAGCGUCCAAGCAAGAGUCUAAAAGACAGAAACGAAAACGCAUGGCACUACUAAGCCGAAACGGAACCCCCAAACAGAAACCACCAAAAAAGCGUGGCUGCCAUCAGCUGCCAUCGUCAGCGAUAAAAAGCGAACCGAACGAGUCGCCAUUGAAGCGCUGGGAUUCGCAGCAUCACGUUGACCAAAUUCACUAUGCAGGUACAACAGCAAACCAUCCGUAUGUGUCCAUCAUCAAAACUGAAUUGAACGAGAGUAUUUCAGUGGCAAGUUCAGUGCCAAUGCAAGUAGCAACCAAGUGGAGUGGUAAACGAAUUCGUUUGGAUCAAAGUGAACAGUCGUCACCAACAGAUGAUGCAAAUUCUAUCAAUAUGAGCACUUUACAACGCAUUGGUCAACGAAUCGGUCUAAUGAAGAAAGAAUUACAGGAUGAUGUUCCCUAA